GUGCCAUUCGGCUGUGGGAGGGGGAGGGGGUAUAUAACUAAAUAAUAGAUUACUGGUCACAUGGUGUAAGCAGGCUUCUGAAUGAUUUAAAAGGCUCUCGCCUCCCACCGCCUCCUGGUGAUGCGCGAGAUGCUACUGCUGCUGAAGAGAGAGAAGGAGAAGAGAGAGAGGGAAGAGAAAGAGAGAGGAGAGAGAGGCAGAGAGAGAGAGAAAGGGGCGAGCGAGAGAGAAGAGAGAGAGACUGCAACAGCAGCUGACAUGGAGCUCGAGCCUUUCCGGGGGACGGCGAGCAUCCUCUAAUCUGCCAGGGUCACGGUAGAAUAAAUUGACACCUGAGACAACAGAGAACACUUCUAUAUCACCAUGAAGCACUGCUGACACCCCCCCUCACCUGACUACCAGAGAAAAGACACUUUCUUCCUCCCAUCCUCUCUCCCACUCAGCCCGUCUUCACAAGGAUACACGUUAUAUACGAGAGUGGGAAAGGUGAACGCCGGAGGAUAAAAUAGAAAAAAAGCUAAAGCCCUCUCUUGACCCUUGACCUCUAACCACUGACCUGUGACCUCAGUAUGUCAGGUCUGCGUGGUAAGCUGCAGCGUGUCCAGUGGUGGGCAGGAUGGCACUCCUUCACCUCCAGAGUCCUGAGGACCAAACCGGUAGAGAGCAUGUUGGACUCUGGGACUGGUGGUACCAGCAGCCAUGGCACCAAAUUAGCGAGGGUGUUGUCCACGGUAGACCUGGUGUCACUAGGGGUGGGCAGCUGCGUUGGCACGGGGAUGUACGUGGUCUCUGGGCUGGUUGCUAAGGAGAUGGCCGGACCUGGCGUCAUCGUCUCCUUCAUCAUCGCUGCUGUCGCCUCUAUACUGUCAGGAGUGUGUUAUGCUGAAUUUGGGGUUCGCGUUCCCAAGACAACAGGCUCAGCCUACACCUACAGCUAUGUGACAGUGGGGGAGUGUGUGGCCUUUUUCAUUGGCUGGAACCUGAUCCUGGAGUACCUGAUUGGUACAGCCGCGGGGGCGUCGGCUCUCAGCAGCAUGGCGGACUCACUAGCCAAUAAAAGCAUCUCUACGUUUAUGACUACACACAUCGGAACACUCAACGGCCUGGGUAAAGGAGAGCAGUCGUACCCAGACCUCCUGGCCCUGCUGAUCGCAGUGAUAGUGACAGUGAUCGUGGCCCUGGGGGUGAAGAACUCAGUAGGGUUUAAUAAUGUGUUGAAUGUGAUCAACCUGAUGGUGUGGGUCUUCAUGAUGGUGGCUGGACUCUUCUUCGUUAACGGACACAACUGGGACGAUGGAAGGUUCUUACCCUUUGGGUGGUCAGGGGUGAUGCAGGGAGCGGCAACAUGUUUCUAUGCCUUCAUAGGGUUUGACAUCAUCGCUACAACAGGAGAGGAAGCCAAGAGCCCCAACACCUCUAUACCCUAUGCUAUUACUGUUUCCCUCAUCACUUGCCUUACUGCAUACGUCUCUGUAUCAGUGAUUCUGACUCUGAUGGUUCCCUAUACAGAGAUCGAUGCAGACGCUCCUCUGAUGGAGAUGUUUGCUGUACAUGGCUGUUAUUUUGCUAAGUACAUAGUAGCAGUAGGCUCUGUAGCUGGCCUGUCUGUCAGUCUCCUGGGCUCUCUGUUUCCCAUGCCACGAGUCAUCUACGCUAUGGCUGGAGACGGACUGCUGUUCAGGUUCCUGGCCCAUGUGUCUCCCUACACUGAGACUCCAGCGGUGGCAUGUGUUGUGUCUGGCUGUCUGGCCGCCCUCCUCUCUCUCCUCGUCUCCCUACGAGAUCUCAUAGAGAUGAUGUCCAUAGGAACACUGCUGGCUUACACACUGGUUAGUGUGUGUGUGUUGUUGCUACGCUACCAGCCAGAAUCAGACAUCCACGGCUUUGUGAACUUCCUGUCUGAGGAGCAGUCCAAUAAGAAGAAGGAGGGCGUGUUAGCUGAGUGUGAGAAGGAAGUGUGCUCUCCAAUCAGUGAAGUAGAUGACUACGGAGGACCUCAAACUAACACCUGUGGAGCUAAGAAUCUCCCCUCGCUAGGCGAUAACGAGAUGCUGAUUGGUAAGCCAGAUAAAACCACUUACACUGCCAGCCACCCGAACUACGGCACCGUCGACAUGGGCUCCGGCAUCGAAUCAGAAGAGUCAGAGGGCGGGAUGUUGUGGAGACUGAAGAAGCUGAUUGGUCCGCGGUACUACACCAUGAGGAUCCGAUUGGGCCUGCCUGGGAAGAUGGACCGGCCCACUCCGGCAACAGGAAAGACAGUUACUGUCUGUGUCCUCCUCCUCUUCCUCGUAGUCUUCAUCUUCAACUCCUUCAUCAUCUUCGGAGCGGCCAGCAUCAGUGAUGGCAGCUGGUGGGCUCUUCUCCUGCUGAUAUUCCUGGUCAUCUUCAUGGCCCUCCUCAUCGUCAUCAUCCUGCAGCAGCCAGAGAACCCGAAGCGACUGCCCUACAUGGCUCCAGCUGUUCCCUGGGUUCCUGCUGCUGCCAUGCUGGUCAACAGCUACCUGAUGUUAAAACUGUCUGCCAUCACCUGGAUACGCUUCGCUGUCUGGUGUUUCCUAGGUAUCCUGAUCUACUUUGGCUAUGGGAUGUGGAACAGUACUUUGGAGAUCAGGUCCAGGGAGCAGGAGGUCCAUGCGUCUACAUACCAGCGCUACGAUGGUCACCAUGCCGGGGUGGACGACGGCUUCUCAGGCUUCAGCGUUGACGACGACCUCUACCCCCCUAGCAACAACGACCCCUGGGCCGCACCAGACGGUGUCGACGGGUCAGGGCUGGUACCCCCCAAGGUUAAUGAUGAUGAUUGGACGGUUCCGAAGGGAGGAGCUACAAGAGCGCUAGCGGAGGAGGACCCAGUAGAUUUCUGAGAUGAAAGGAAUGAUGGACGGAUGUUUCCGAGAGGAUUGAUAGAUGUUACUGUUGUAAACACCUGAAUGUACUGCCCACUGCCGGCUGCCUGCCUGCCUGCCGGGUGUGUGUAUGUGUAUGUGUGUGUGUGUCUGUGUGAAUGUUUGUGUGGGUCCCUUGUUACUUAUUUAAAAACAUACUUUUUUCAUUGAGUUCCAAAGGAAGUAUGAUCCUAUGGAGGAAAGCUAUAGACUACCAAUCAGAAACAGUGGGCGGGGUCUUUGGGUUGAUUUGGUGAUGGGCAUACAGUGAAGGUAUUUUCCUCUCACUAUAGACAGUCCAGAGUGAUGACAGACUGGGAGCGACGAGUCAGCAUUUCCUGGUUCGCCACACUCACAGGAAGUUGUCAGAGCGCUGAUCCGAGGUCACUUCCUGUCACUGGUGCAGGUGUCUCUGCUGCUUCUCUCAUCUCACAGAGAGGAAACUAGCUACACACACACACACAGACACACUUAGACACACACCCGCCUCUCCAGUCUCUAUCUGGGAAGGAGGGGGGCUGAUGGGGUUUUGUGUCACAUUGUAAUUGGACUUUGCUUGCAAUAGUGCCUUCAUCUGUGUGUGCAUGCGUGUGUGUGUUUUUAUUUUGGCUGUGUGUGUGCAUGCGUGCGUGUGUGUGUAUGCUUUUACACCUUGUAUCUAUAUCCACUUCAGGGUCUUACCAAGCCCCUGUUACCCCCCCCCCAAGCCCCUGUUGCUGCUUUACUAGAGCUCAGAAUGAAAAGGUUCUAAAUGACAGAUUUGUUCUAAACAGAGUUAUGGACGCCACCCUGCUCUGCUCUGCCUACAGGUGUGCUAAAUCUCCAAAUGAACGUUACUAUAUUAGAAAGAAGACGAGAUGAGAAUUGCUCUCACAUCAGACAAAUAUCUCUGAUUGUUUAGUCACAUAGAACCCUCUAAUUCUAUGGUCUCCACCCCCUUGGGGAAGCCUUACUUGUCAAAUGCACUAAACUAAAGAUGCCACGUGACCCCUCCUACUCUCCUACUCUCCACGACCCCUAACCGCUAACCUCUAUCCCUAACCACACUACCCAGGGCUCUCUCUGCUGUUCAGGGGUGGGCUCGCUUGUGUUGUCCAGUGAAACACACACACACACACACACACACACACACACACACACACACACACACACACACACACACACACACACACACACACACACACACACACACAGUUCAGCUGAACCCAAAACCAGAAAGGGGCUUCAGUGGGUACUCUGUGCCCCUUAGUUGUACUGUAAAUAUUAUGUCUUUGUGUGUGUGAGCGUGUGCACGUGUGUAUGUGUGUGUGCACGUGUGUGCGUGCGUGUGUGUGUGUUCCAUGCCUGUGGCUAUGUAACGUGGCUGGCUGGUGAAUGUGAUAGCAUGCUAAUGUGUAUAGCAUGGAUGUAGAUGUUGUAUUUGCAUGUGGGACCGACGGCUAAGAGACAUUAUAGAACUAACAACACCCACUCCAAGCUGACCCCUGACCCCUGAUAAGGGAAACUAUAGGGUGAAGGGGACUGGUCGAUCUGGAACUGGGGUAUGAUAUGUAGCAAAUUUAGUAGGUGGUGGUUCUUUGGUUUCAUCUCCACCCCUCACCACCACUAACUCCACCCCCUGUGUUUAUAAAGCAAGCCAAAGUCCACAACAUUUUGUUAACUUUGUAGAGAACUAGCUCGAGAACUAUUCACUAUCUAGAGUAAAUACAUGCAGUUACAUUCACUAGCCAGAGUAAAUACAUGCAGUUACAUUCACUAGCUAGAGUAAAUACAUGCAGUUACAUUCACUAGCUAGAGUAAAUACAUGCAGUUACAUUCACUAGCUAGAGUAAAUACAUGCAGUUACAUUCACUAGCUAGAGUAAAUACAUACAGUUACAUUCACUAGCUAGAGUAAAUACAUACAGUUACAUUCACUAGCUAGAGUAAAUACAUACAGUUACAUUCACUAGCUAGAGUAAAUACAUGCAGUUACAUCCAACAGCAUUGACACAAAAACAUGAGGAAAAAUGAUCAAACAAAAUAGGAGUAUUUUUCUACUGCUGGGUCACGCCCACAACUAUCUCUAACCACACUACCCAGGUCCUCCAAUGGUGGGCCUCCACAGUAAGUGGGUGAGGUUUAUUCACUUUCACUUCUUGUAUUUCACCCAAUCAGAGCUCAGCUUGGGAGGAAACGGUAAAAGCUUAUAUUUUUAACUACUUCUAUCUCUAGUCGGUUAUGUUAAAAAAAUAUGUAUUUUAUUUUAACGAUCUUAUAACAUUUAUUACAGUCUAAAAUAGGCAAAUUAGAGGUUAUAAAAACAUUAAAAACAAAAAACACUAUUUUAUUACAACGCUAAAUAGAAUGUUGCCACUGUUGCUUUUAAAGUCUGAGGUGCUGUUGGUUUGUUCAUUUUGUCUCGGGAGAAGGUGUGCCAUGUUUCUGUCCACUUCCUGGUAUUCAAUCAUAAUGCAUUCUGGUUUGAACCGCACAGAACGUCAACAAUCUUCCUAACAGCUUCCUAAAGCCCAUUUAGGGACGGGUGAUAUAAAUUAAUGCCAGCUAUCCACAUUGGUUACAUUGCUGGUUUAUUCAAUCGGUCAAUGAAAUGCACUGCGAUUGAAUUCCUGCCUCUAUCUCUCUCCUGCUGUGGCUGGCUGUCUUUGUGGGAUGUUGAGACUGGCUUCUGUUUGCUGGCUAGAUAUUUGUUUUUCUUCUGCAUAUUUUUGGUAUCUGAAGUUGUAAAAUGUUCUGAUGUAUUUGGGGUUUUCUGUUAUUGUUUUUGACUUCAUCUGAAAUGACACCCUAUCAGGACUCUGGCCAAAAGUAGUGCACUGUAAAAGGAAUAGGGUGCCAUUUUGAAUGCAGGCCCUAUGUGUGUUUCUGCUCCUGAGUGCACUUGUUUAAUCUGAGUUGUUGAUAUCGCCUCCAUGCAACAAUUAAACAUUAUUUAUUGCAAAUAUGAA